AUGGGAGGGAGCCGGAAAGCUUGGAAGACGGAGUGGAUGCUGGACUGGAUGGAUAGGAUAGCGCUGGCGCUCCUCCUCCUCUCUCAACCGUCCGCCAGCAACUCGGCUUUUGUUGAGGGGAAAAAAAAAAGAAAGAAAAAGAUCUUUCACGGGACUGGAAGGGCAGGAAGGGAGGACCAAGGGGAGGGAAUACCUGGUGUCCUGGGGGUGCUCGUCGCCGGCCAAGGUGGCGAGUGGCGAAGUAGGACAGCAGCGACGGUCGCGGGGAUACCGGUGCUGCAGAGGGCGGACGCCGCGCCAGAGUUGGUCGCGUGGAUACCGGUGCUGCACGAGGGCUCGUCGUUGGCGCAGGGGCUCAGCCUCGGCGUUGGCGUGGCGGGGAUCGUCGUCAACGGGACUUGGUCGUUGGCGAGCCCACUCGUCGUCGCAGCCGCCGUCGUUGGAGUGGAGGUGAGCGCGGGCGUGGGCGGGCGUGCGCGGCCACCUCAGCCAGCACCAGGCCCUCCGGCGGCUCCUGGAGCGCGAGGCAGCGGCGGCCCUCCUGUUCAACCGGCGGCGGCGGCGGCGCACCACGCACCCUCGCAAGCACACGCAGCAGCAGAGGGCACAGGCGAGCGCUCAGCAGAGAAGGGAAGGAGGUCGGGGUGCGUUGGGAGAGGAGGGGAUGGGGUGGGUGCGUUGAGAGAGGAGGCGAUGAAGUCUGGAUGCGUGGGGAGGAGUGGGGGACAGGCACGAGUGGAGGACAGAGGCUCUGAUUGGGGAGGGGCAAGGAGUGAGGCGCGGGCUGAGGAGGCUUCAUCAUGGGAGUUUGGUAGACGGGUCCUGAAUACAUGUUUUAAGUAG